AAAUCACACACAAAAGCCUAAUCGCUUCCUUAUUUUUUUCAUUUUUAAUCAAAUAAAUACUUCCAAGAAGUUAUGUGUUUUUAUAAUUUAAACUAAUUAUAACUAAACCUAAUUGUAAAAAUAUAUACAAAUAACUCUACAAUGGCAUUCCAUUGGUGUGAUAAUGUCCACACAACAUCUUUUACUCCUCGCGACUAUCAAGUCGAACUGCUCGCGUCGGCGUCCGAACAAAACACUAUGCUCUGCCUAGGACACAAAUCUUCCAAAGAAUUCAUUGCCCUAAAACUUUUACAAGAAAAGGCCCGUGAACUUCGCCAAAAUCGUUCAAAAGUUAGCCUCUACCUAAGCCGGCUAUCCGGCGAAUCGGCCUACAAUUUGAUUUAUCAUUUGACCGAUCUAAAAGUUUACAAUGAGGCAAAGCAAAACGACGACAGUGACAAUGCAAUUGUGAAAUACGGGGAAGCCCAAGUUUUGAUUCUGAAACCAAAGACGUGUUUGCGAGGAUUGAAAAAUGGUGACAUAAACAUGGAGAAUGUAAAUCUGAUCGUUUUGGAAGACUGCCAUGAAAUCAAGGAGCAAAGUGAUAUGUUUUUAAUUUUUAGAGAUUUUUAUAGUAAACUCGAAUCGAAGCCGAAGGUACUUGCUUUGGCUGGUCCUUUGCACAGUGCUGGAUGUGCUCCCGAAGAUCUUAAUGCAAUGCUUGAGAUUCUCGAGAAGAAGGUUUAUUGCAAGGCGGAAACAGCAAGUGAUAUUGUAACAGUUUUAAGGUACUGCACAAAACCCACUGAAUUUAUUGUUCAAUGUGAUCCACCUCAGAAGGAUAAGCUCACAAUGAUCCUAGAAGAUAUAAUCUGUACUCGGAAAGCAUUCUUGAAAGACCACAGAUACGAUCCAUCGGAGAUUUACAGCGAUGAAUUUCUGGAAGAAUUAAAAGGCAUCCCCGACCCAAAAAUAGAACCCACACAAUUCCUAGACAUUUAUUUGGAAUCCCUACAUGAAAUGGGACCUUGGUGUGCAGAUCGAGUAGCCAUAAGUCUAAUUCAACAAAUAGAAAAACAAAAAAUUAAAACCCCAUACGAAAGGCAUUACCUAUUGCUUUGUAUGGUCAUAACAGCACUCCUCGAAAUACACACUUUGUGUGAGCAGGCAUUCCAUGAGAUUUCAACUGAAAGAGAAAGAGUUGAAAAGUAUUCAAGUCCCAAAGUUCUUCGACUCCUAGAGGUACUGCGACUCUUCAAACCCGAAGAGAUAGUCAGUGAAAACGAACAACUAGGCAACAUUACAAAAGAAAUCGACAAACUAAACUUCCAUAAACUUAAACAAAACCUAGAAAACACAUUUCACACAGUUGAAAAUUUGAGUAAAUCCAUUUCGAAAGAUAUAAUUGAAAAUCUCGAUCCGAUUUUGAAACCAACCUAUAACAGUUAUCAUUCGAAUAAUGCCGCCAACCACAGUGAAAAUAAUCUUAGAAAUGGCCCGAAUGGUCUUGUGAAUUCGUUGAAAAAUCGUAGAAAUCAAAAUACUAGGCAUAAAAAGAGACCCUUUGCUCGAAGGCACAAUCGAGAUGCAUUUGCCGAUCCGGAUGCUUUGUGUGGAAUAAUUUUCUGCAAUAAUAAAUAUACGGCUAAAGUUCUCUUCGAUUUGCUUGCCGAAAUGAGUCGCCAUGACAGCCAACUUAAAUUCUUGAAAUGUCAAUUUACAACUGACCGAGUAGCCGAUCCGAUAGCAGAACCUAAAGAAGCAGAGCUAGAGCAUCGCCGCCAAGAAGAUGUCUUAAAACGUUUUAGAAUACACGACUGUAAUCUUCUAAUUGGCACUUCAGUGCUCGAAGAAGGAAUCGAUUUGCCAAAAUGUAAUCUAGUUGUUCGAUGGAAUCCCCCAAGUACAUAUCGCAGCUAUGUACAAUGCAAGGGUAGAGCUAGAGCCGCACAGGCAUACCACGUCAUAUUAGUGGCACCCAAUUUCGCACAGGAACGAUUUAGCUACAGUUCCGAUUUACUUACCGAUACGUCUCAUCGUAUCAUUUGCACAGAAUCAGCAAAGAGCGCCGAAGAUUAUGUUAUUAAAGAAGCACUUCUCCAAAGUGAAAUUGUCGAAGAUAUAUCCCAACCAAAACCAAUCAUCAUUGAACAUUCCUCAGGAGCAUCUGUGAAAAUUCUUAAUCCCGAAGUAAUAGCUCGCUCACUUGCCGCAAGUGUGGUUAAAUUGCCAAAGAGCAUUGUGGAAAGUAAUCGUAUAUCGGAAAUUUCCUAUCAAUCAUCAACUGAAAAUCAAUCAACAACAGAUCUAUCAGAAACUUUAAAUGCAUCAAUCGAAUCCAACAAUUCUUCCGAUUCGAAAUCGGAAAAAAAGAGACUCAGAAAAAAAGACUUGGAAAAUUGUUAUGAAGUUGUUCCAAUAGCCGAAUUAAUAAGUCCUAACGUAAGCGUUGAUGAUGAUGAAUUGAAACCCAUAACUAACGGCGAUGAUACAAAAGAAGAACACAUAGACGUUUCGGUAAAACAAAACGAAGUAGAGGAGUAUAAGUGUUCUAUUGAAGAGAUUGUCGAAGAAAAAAGUGUCAUGACUCAAGGUGAGAGCGCAGUACAAGAUAUGGAAAAUGCUACAAACGAAAUGGUUGAUCGUUUAGCUCAGUAUCGUGAAAUCGAGAAGAUGUUACUUCAAAAAUGUGCCAAUACCGAACCAAGUGAAGAAGAACACCAAGAAGCUGAUAAAUUUACAAACUGCAUAGAAGCCUACAAACCCUUACCCGAGCUGCUAACUGGUGCUGCAGUAGAUCUAUCAACGGCAAUUGCUCUCAUAAAUAAAUAUUGUGCCAAAUUGCCUAGCGAUACAUUCACCAAACUGACUCCAUUAUCGCGAUGUGCAAAGACAAAGCGUUGCGGAAAAGAUAUGUAUCAGUAUACACUUCGUUUGCCAAUAAAUUCGCCUUUAAAAUAUGACAUAGUGGGAUUACCGAUGCCGACCAAAAUCCUUGCAAGACGUAUGGUAGCGCUUCAGGCAUGUCGAGAGUUGCAUAUGUGUGGAGAACUGGACAAUACCUUACAACCAAUUGGGAAAGAAGGAUUUAAAGCAUUCGAGUCUGAUUGGGAGGAGUUUGAAUUGGAAAAAAUUGACGAACAAAUUGUUACAGAUAAUGCAGAACCACGACCUGGUACAACCAAACGUCGACAAUAUUAUUACAAACGAAUUGCAUCGGAGUUUUCCAAUUGUCGACCUACUGCUGGUGCUAUAUCCUAUUUGUACUACAUCAAUCUAACCCUCCAGUGCCCAAUUCCUGAGGAACAAAAUACUCGCGGGCGAAAAAUCUAUCCACCAGAAGAAGCUUUGCAGGGCUUUGGUAUACUAACAUUGAAAAAAAUCCCCAAAGUCAGUGCCUUUCCCAUAUUCACACGUUCCGGAGAGGUAAAAGUAUCAAUAGAUCUCGCAAAGAAACGAAUAGUCUUGAGUGAAGACCAAGUUGCUCGAAUAAAUACAUUUGUUAACUACACAUUCAGUAAUGUUUUGAGGUUGCAAAAGUUCCUUAUGCUCUUCGAUGUUGAUUCCACCGAAAAUUGUGUCUUCAUUGUUCCGACGAUUAAAACUAAAAAAAGUGGAAUCGUCAUUGAUUGGGAUUUCCUAGAGGUCAUAGCUAGAGAUUGUAAUAUGAUGCCACAAAUUGUUCCCGACGAAGUGAGACAGAACAAAGAGUUUGAUGCUAAUAAAUUCAAAGAUGCCGUUGUAAUGCCUUGGUAUAGAAAUCAAGAUCAACCACAGUAUUUUUAUGUAGCGGAAAUUUGUCCUCAUUUAACACCACUUAGUUGUUUUCCUGGAGAAAACUACAACACCUUCAAGCAUUACUACUUUGUAAAAUAUGGAAUUACAAUUCAAAAUGCUAACCAACCUCUGCUCGAUGUUGAUCAUACGAGUGCCAGACUUAAUUUCCUUACCCCUCGAUAUGUCAAUAGAAAAGGAGUAGCUUUGCCAACAAGCUCAGAAGAAACAAAACGCGCAAAAAGAGAAAACUUGGAACAAAAACAAAUAUUGGUGCCGGAACUUUGUACAAUUCAUCCAUUUCCUGCUUCUCUAUGGAGAACAGCUGUUUGUUUGCCAUGUAUUCUAUAUCGAGUUAAUGGACUUUUGUUAGCCGAUGAAAUUCGUAAAAAAGUUUCAUAUGACAUUGCAUUGGGUUGCAUGGAAAUCGAAGAUGAAAAUUUCGAAUGGCCAAUUUUAGACUUUGGCUGGAGUUUAGCUGAAGUCUUGAAAAAGAAUAAAGAGUCAAAGACUGAAAAUUUAGAUGAGCUUAUAUCUGAAACGAAACCCCCACCGCCAGUUGUGACUGAGGUUAGAAAAGAACCUGAAAUCGUCAAGGAAGAAAAGAAGAUUAUUUUAGAGGAACCUGAAAUUAUUAAGGUGGAAAAGUCAGCCAAUGAAAUUGUUUUGGAAGGAGAGGAAAAACUUAAGGCUGAUACAUUUAUCGAAAUCGGAACUUGGUCAAAUGACAUGGCAAAUAGUAUGAGCGAAGAAGACACUGAUAUGGAAGAUGAAGAAUUUUGUUCAGAAUUUCUGCCACCAAACGUUAGCUUUUGUAAAACUGAAUACGACAUAAUUAAAUCAGACAAGCCAACUCGAUAUGGCUCACCAACAUUCUGGGAUGUUGAAGAUUCUGUCAAAAGUAAACUCGAUCGCAAAAAGAACUCAAGUUUCAUAUACAGUUCCGAUGAAUCAUUUACUUCCAAUUAUGAUUACGACGAUGAAAUACUAUCCAGUAGUGGCGAUGAAAACGAUGGACCUCUACGAAUCGAAUUUACCUCAGACAAUGUAGCCGAAGCCAUAGAGACUGAAGAUGAAAUAUUAAAACGCCAAAAACAAAUGUCAAUAAUACAAGAUACAAUAGCAAACGAACGUGAUUACCAAGUUACCAAGAACUUACAAGUCGGAUAUAAUUUUGAUGGUGUCGAUACGAAUAUAGAAUCUGAAUUGAAAUCAUCAGAAGAAGCUUUCCUCUUAUCAACUGAAAGGUUAAAAAAAGAAAUCCAUUCCUCGGGAAUGUUAGUUCGAUCUAAUCAACUACUUACUUUGCCUAAGAAACAAACCAUAACCGAAGAAAGAUAUUCGAAGAAUUUCGCUAGCAUAAAGAAAUUGUUUCCCUAUUUAGAUGAAAACGUAAUAAUGUGUUAUAUAGCUCUGAAGAAAAGAGACCUCCAAGACCUACAGCUCUCCAUAACAGAUGUUGAGAAACUCAACAGAAUCUAUCUCGAAGGAAGAACGACAGAGAAGUACUAUGUAGACGGUAAUGGCGAUAUGUUUGAUAGUUUCAAUGAUCACAGUUCCCUAACAUCUGGAGGACAAAAAGAAGUUGUAGUGAAUUUUGAUCAAACAAUUGAUAAAAAUAAAAAGCAAUCAAAACCAAUUCAAUGCAAACCUAUCGAUCUUAAAGAAAUCGAUUUUAGUUUUGAUAAUCAACCAGAUUUGGUUGGUCAUCCUGGUCCAAGUCCAAGUAUUAUUUUACAAGGUCUAACAAUGUCCAAUGCAAAUGAUGGUAUUAAUCUUGAAAGACUGGAAACAAUUGGUGAUUCAUUUUUAAAAUAUGCCAUAACCACAUAUUUGUAUAUAACAUACGAGAAUGUACAUGAAGGCAAAUUAAGUCAUUUGCGAUCGAAACAAGUUGCCAAUUUGAAUUUGUAUCGAUUGGGUAGGAAGAAAAUGCUGGGAGAAUGUAUGAUCGCAACUAAAUUUGAACCACAUGAUAAUUGGUUGCCACCGUGCUAUUAUGUGCCUCGAGAGCUUGAGAAAACUCUAAUCAAAGCAAGAAUUCCUCCACAUCACUGGAAGUUAGCUGAUUUGCCAAAUAUUAAGCAAUUGAGUAGUGAAGAACUGUUGGAACUGGUCCGGAAAAAGGCUGAAAAAUUGGGCCAACUGAAUGAUGACCUAGAUAGUGAUUUUCCAAGAUGCGAUAGGAACGAAUGUAUGACACCUGACAGUGCAGAUGGUAGCGAUUUUGAUUUUCAAUCUCUUAUUCCGUACAAUUUAGUUACUCAGCAUAGCAUUCCAGAUAAAUCCGUGGCGGAUUGCGUUGAAGCCUUAAUUGGAGCAUAUUUGAUUGAAUGUGGUCCCAGAGGAGCGCUGCUCUUUAUGGCUUGGCUUGGUAUUCGAGUUCUUCCCGCUAUAAAACAAAAAUAUGAUCCCAAUGCUCCUCGAAUACCUGGAAGUACUCGACCUACAGAUGACAAUGAUGAAAUCAUAGUUUAUGGUUCAUGGUCGGCGCCCAAGUCUCCACUUUUAGAAUUCGCACCCAAUCCACGAGAGCAGCUUGAGUCAUUGCUGGAUGGUUACACCGAAUUUGAGGCAGCAAUCGGUUAUAGCUUUAAUGAUCGAUCGUAUCUUUUGCAAGCAAUGACACAUGCAAGCUACUCUCCAAAUCGUUUAACGGAUUGUUAUCAGCGUCUUGAGUUUCUGGGUGAUGCUGUAUUAGAUUAUCUUAUAACUCGUCAUCUUUAUGAGGAUCCUCGACAACAUUCUCCUGGAGCAUUGACUGAUUUGCGGUCAGCGUUGGUGAAUAAUACAAUAUUUGCUUCGCUUGCCGUUCGACAUGGCUUCCAUAAAUAUUUUAGACAUUUGUCGCCAGGACUGAAUGAAGUUAUCGAUAGAUUUGUAAGAAUUCAACAUGAAAACGGUCAUAGUAUAAGUGAAGAGUAUUAUUUGUUAUCUGAAGAAGAAUGUGAUGAUGCUGAAGAUGUAGAAGUGCCUAAGGCCUUGGGAGAUGUUUUCGAAUCAAUUGCUGGUGCCAUUUUUCUAGAUUCAAACAUGUCCUUGGAUGUAGUGUGGAAAAUUUACAGUAACAUGAUGAAGCCAGAAAUUGAACAGUUUAGUAACUCAGUGCCAAAAUCUCCAAUUAGAGAGCUACUCGAAUUAGAACCUGAAACAGCUAAAUUUGGAAAACCAGAAAAACUCGCAGAUGGACGACGUGUCAGAGUAACGGUAGAAGUAUUUUGUAAAGGCACUUUCCGUGGUAUUGGUCGAAAUUAUCGAAUAGCAAAGUGUACUGCUGCUAAAUGUGCACUGCGUCAACUAAAAAAACAAGGACACAUAUCAAAGAAACACUAACAAGAACAUCAACAAUUAUUGUAUAAUAUUUUAAAAACAGUUGCAUUUUAAUUCCAAAAAAUAGAGCUAAAAUAUUCUAAAAUAAUGAUUUAAUCAUAGAGAAUAAUUAACAAGGUAAUUUACAAGAA